GUUCACCACAGCAACAACUUUUUUAUGAUUCUGGCGAACAUGAAUAUGAUGCAGAGUACCGCACUAUGUCGAUAUUUGACCCUACUAUUGGUUUCUACUCAUCACAGUCAUUAACAUCAUCUAAACCAUUAUUAUUGUCCUCUGGUGGUGUCAAAGGCCACGGCUUGAAUGCUCUUGCUAAUUCUUUUGCUUCAUUGGCAACGCAAUUUUCUGCUCUUGACACAUUGCCGGAUGUAACAACUCAACAUAUGAACAAUACAAGUUAUUUCACAAGUUCACAAUAUGUGGAUCCAUUUUUAUAUCAUUCACAGCAAACAUUAAUUCCUCAACCGCUUCAGUAUCACCUUUAUACAUCACCACUUCCGCAUGUUUCAAAUUUGCAUCCACAUCAAAAGACUAUUCACGCGUUCUUUAUGUCUGAUCAUCUCCGUGAAGAAUUGCAGCAAAAAAACGAAGCAACACUGAGUUCCGUAAAUGCUAAAGAUUUUAAUUUACCCGAAGAGCUUCAUGUUUAUCAUUCACUGUACCCACUUGAUUUGCGACAAGGCAAAUCGGUAAAAAUUUUUGGAUACCCAAGUUUUACAUACAAAUCAAUUUGUAAUGUUGAUGGCCGUGUUUACUGUCUGAGGAGGAUCGAAGGCUUUCGUUUGACGAAUGAAAUAGCUAUGUCGACAAUAGAAAGUUGGCGACGAAUCAGACAUGCAAAUAUC